UUAAUUUAUCACGAGAGGAUGAUAUUUAGUAAUUGUGCAUAUACAAUUUCUAUGUAUUUUUUAAAAUACGGAUUUCCAUAAUUUUAUGAUAUCGUAUUUUCUGGCUAAUCAAAAUUAGGCUGAUCUUUGCAUAUAAUUUAAUUAUUUAAUCAUGCACACAUUUUUUGUCUUAUUUAUUUUUGUCUCUUAUUUCUUUAUUCUUUUAUUCUUUUGUUCAAUAUUUUUAAUUUUUUUGUCUUUUCUUUCUAUUAUUUCUUUAAUUAUAUACAAUAUAUUUACAUAUAUUUCAUAAUUUAUUGCUUUGCAAAUAUAGAAAUAUUUGUUUAUUAAUACUAAUUAUUUUCAUUUUUUUUUACCUCUUUGUUACUUUGUAUCAUAAUACUAACAAUAAUAUCCAUGUUUUCUUUA